UCGUAUUCGUCGAUGAAGACAUCUCUCUACAGUAUCUUUCUAUCUGCACCUCAUCCUGACGGCCGUGGUCCAUUCGCAAGAUCGCUCUCUCUCCCUGGCUCCUACAGGGUGUUGGUGGUCGGUGCAGAGCUGCGAAUGAUCAUGGGCGCCGACUCGCCCACUCUGCCUGAAUGCGACAGCCGAGGGGCAUUUCUCCAGGUUCUCCCCACAAAAGCUCGCUAUUAAAUCAUUCCGAGCCCUCGUUGGAAACUCGACCGAAAAAAACAAAUCCGCGCAUCUCAGCCUCAGCCCAGAGUGCGCCCGCGUCCACCUCCUCGAUGGAUAUCAAACAAUCGCCGCAGGCCUCCUUGCGCUCAGGAGGAAAUCACCCCGAGAGCGACGACAAUGCCUAUAGCGAGGGGGAUAGUGUCGAAGAAAACGAUGAGCGGCCCCGCAAAAGGCAGCGGAGGCCGAUGAGUGUCUCGUGUGAGCUUUGCAAGCAAAGAAAGGUAAAAUGUGAUCGGGGACAACCUUCUUGUGGAUGGUGUACUCGUAAUGGAGCUAUCUGUGAGUACAAGGAGCGAAAGAAGCCUGGCUUGAGAGCUGGGUAUGGACGUGAAUUGGAGCAAAGACUAGAUAGGUUGGAGGAUAUACUUCGCUCUCAUGCUCAAAUACUCGAGUCCACCUUUACGAAUCACAGCACUAGUUUACCUAGCGACCAUGAAACCCCUCAAAGUGUACCUGGUUUUCGGCCACAAGAAACUUCUCGUAGUCAUGUACCACAUGCAGAGACAGCACUCUUUCUGCAGAAGCCUUCCACAUUUCCUGGAAGCCAGUCAAUGGAUUUCGGCAAUCAAAUACCUCAGACGCCAUCAAUGUCAUCUUUGCAUAGCGACGUCUUUCAACAAGGAAUGCAGCAAACUGGCAAUCCUCAUGAGGCAGCAACUUCUAUGCAAUCUGCACAAGCUCCCAGCUUUUACAGUACAACUCAACCACCUCUCGAAUCGCCGAGCCUCAACAUAACACAAACUCAGGCGGAGUUUUCUUCAGAUCAUGCUCUCCCGCCAUACGACCUACUCUAUGCUUUAGUCGACCUCUACUUCAAAUAUGUAAAUACUUGGUGUCCUAUACUUCACCGGCGGUCGACUCUCGACUCACUAUUCGGGCCUGCUACCCUAGAAGAGGCGGACAGGAUACUGUUACAUGCUAUUGUAGCAACGACUUUGAGAUUCUCGACCGAUCAGCGGUUGACCGAGGACAGAAGGCGGCAUUACCAUGACGUCUCAAAGCAGAAAGUCCUUUUAUAUGGCCUAGAGAAUUCUUCGGUCAAAGCUUUGCAAGCUUUGGUGAUCCUGGCAUUGGAUCUAGUUGGCAGUAGCAAUGGACCUCCUGGUUGGAACUUACUGGCUUUGAUCACUCGAUCAGUGGUUCAACUAGGUCUCGCUGUUGAGACAACUUCGUUCUCCGUGUCGCCCAAUUAUCCUUCGAUAUAUACCCUUCGAGCGAUGGUUCUCCCUGAAGCAGACAACUUCAUAGAGGAAGAGUCAAGACGGAGGCUGUUUUGGAUGGUGUAUCUGCUUGAUCGAUAUGCUACCAUAGCGACUGCGUUCGAGUUCGCCUUGGACGAAAAGGAGAUUGACAGAACGCUUCCAUGUAGAGACGACUUGUGGAACAAGAAUCAAUCUGUUCAGACCAGAUGGUUUCGAACAAGUGAGAGAACAGAAUACGACAUCGACAAGCCAGAGAACUUAGGAGCUUUCUCCUAUUACAUCGAGAUCCUUGGAAUACUGUCUCGGAUACACAAGUUCCUGAAGAAGCCAGUUGACAUCAGUGCACUCUCUGAUGUGGAACAGUGGCAAGGAGAAUAUCGAGAACUGGACAACAUGCUCACCUCUUGGAAGUUCGACUUGCCAGCUGAUUAUGGAAACAUGGCGAAACUAUUUCAGCCCGGAGGGAAUAAGUCAAUCAACUGUGGCUGGGUAAUGCUUCAUGCUACCUAUCAUACCACUGUCAUCAGGCUACAUUCUUCAGCUGCUUACCCGACAACACGUUCCCCAAUCUUCACACCUUCCUACAGUGCCUCUCAACGCUGCCAUGGUGCAGUCGAGAACAUCGCUGCUCUCGGGGAAUUUGUGGUUCAGAAUGGAAUGCUCCCAAAACUUGGCCCGCCCUUUGCCUUUACGCUUUGGGUCGCCGCCAGAUUACUGCUUGUACAUGGCUCCACCAUUGAGCAUAAGCUCAGCCCGCAGAUACAGUUCUUCGUUGAUACUUUGAGAGAAAUGGGCAGGUAUUGGCUGGUGGCAGAACGCUAUACUGCAAUCCUUCAACGAGUGCUCGAUGAACAUCGAGACUCGGAGAGAUCUGCAGGAGCAAAUGGCGAGAGGGUCACACCGUCGUCGGUGAAAAUACUUGCAGACAUGAGGCGCUGCGCGUACGACCUCGAUUUUCUGAUUAGUCGCCAGCCAAAGCAUGUGGGAAUGGUAUCAAGGCUCCCGAGCGUUACCCCCGCCCGAACCCCAGCCCCCAACGAAUUAGAAUACUUGGACGUAUUUGAUUUCUUCAACGUCCCCCGGCUGCCUCUAGCGCCGGGAGGAGGGGAGGUAGGGCACGAUGCUGCUGGGAAUGGCGCCGCAGGGGAGAUGCAUCUGCCGGAGUUGAAUGGCUUCAAUAUCACAAACUAUAUGGUGGAUGCUAAUUCUGAUUGGUUGUUCAAGAACCAGUCUUAAAAGUUUAAUUGUGGUAGUAGAUAAAGGAAUAAU